AUUUUAAAUUGAAUCGAUAUUUUGUUGAAGAUGAUGAUCGGACCGAUGAACUCGAUAAUCAAUUUAAAGCUGAAUUAAUGGAUCCUUUUCUUACUAGUAUUACGCAUGAAAUAUUUAAACUUACAAUCAAACAAGCAUCGACGAUAAAUGACUUGGAUGUUGGUUAUGUGGGAAAUAAUCUUUAUCCAUUAUAUCAUUUCAUAGGAACCAAUCUUGUUUUUAAAAAUAUUACUGUUUUAUAUUGUGAACCAAGAAUCGAUCCGUUCUUUUUCCAUGAAUUGGCUCGAAUUUGCUUUCUAUUACAAAGCAUAUACAUUAGAAAUUGUCGAUUUGAUAACUUUGGAUUGGCUAAAUUGAUUACAGUUCAAAAAAAUCUAAAAUACAUUGCUUGUAUAGUUGAUGAUGAUGACGAAAUUACUAUGGAUCUACCACACUCGGCAAUCGGAAAAGCUUUGAUUGAUCAAGCAAAUUCAAUCAAACAUCUCAAAAUGUCUUAUAAAUUUGAAUUCUUUUUACCCUUGCAUAUUCUUUCGAAGUUGAAUCAUCUUCAAUCGUUAGAAUUAUACAAUUAUAACGAUUCUUAUCGUAAAUUUCACUCAUUACCAAUAUUUUCACUUUUUAAUCUUGAAAGGCAGUUAGAAUUAGCAUCAUUUCCUCAACUUGAAGUUCUGAAAAUAGGAAAGGUUAAACUUCAAUCAGCAAUAAAAUUAAUUGAAAAAACUGAAGGGAACCUUUCGGAGAUUCUACUUGGGUGUACAGUAUAUGACGAAAAAUAUUCCGGAAGUUUUCUUCGUACAAUAUACAAAUAUUGUCCAAAUAUUCAAGUUUUAUCUUUGGGAAUCAACAAUGUUAUUGACUUUAAGGAGCUUGUAACAUUACUAAGAAAUUGCAAACAAAUCCGAAAAAUUAUUGUCGAUAGAUCAAAAGAAUCAGGACGUGAACAUACUGUACUAUUAUUAG